UCUCAUGUUACUCAGAGCAGAAUGGCGGCUCUUUUGGAAUCGUUGCUGGCCAGUAAAGUUGAGUUAAGCGCGGUCUUGAUCUGGCUCAAAGAUGAACACACUUGUGAUUCGCAGGACUUUCCAGUAAAGGUCUGGAAACAGGAGUUUGUGCCCUUCCUUUUGAAUUUUUUGCGGGACCAGAGCAGUCAUACUUUGACUCAUGGCCCCACCACACCGGCUAAGACCCCCAGCACAUCCAGAUCUGUCAGGACUCAAAGCUCUUCGGAACGGAGAGGAAGUAAAUCCACACCAGCCCAAGGUCUGCGCACCGCCAGUCGAGUCCAGCUCUUCUCUCCUGUCCCGUCCACAUCCCCGGGUGCCGGAAGGAGUGAACAGGAGACCCCGUUUCCUGGCUCUCAUAGUCUCAUUAAUAUCAGUGCCCUGAGCAGCCCCUCCUUUAGCUCUGUAUGGAGCCCCGCUCACCGAAACACCCCCUCUGAGCGACGUUCAGCCCAGCGCCACAGUCUUGGAGACUUCAUGACGUCACCCCCAGACACCCAGCCCAGCCCCUCUGGACAGCAGCACAAAGGCCGCAGGAGGAGUGGAGGGUUUGGGGGAUCCUCAUCCGGCCGACAGAUGGGAUCUCGUGGUGCUCUGUCGGAAGAAGGAGGUCGCUGGGAUGGAGGCAACAGGAGGAGUAAGGAUGUGGGGAGGAUUGACGCAGUCUCGCCUCCAACACAAUUGCAACUCGACUUCAAUAACUUGGAAGACUUUCCUCCAGUGGGUGCUGCCCAGGCUACACCAGUGACCAUCAAACCUUCACGGAGAAUUAAUCCAACCCCAGUGAGUGCGGAGCGGCCUAACUCUAAACCCAAAAGCUGCUUUACGUCUACCCCACUUAGCCUGCCUGCCAGCCCUCCUGCUAUUCCAGAGAACACUGCAGCCACACUGAUCUGUGGAAGUCCUCACAGCCUGCAGGAAGAGCGAGAGUUACUCAGAAAAGAACGGUCUAAACUUGCCCAGCAGACCAGCUCCCCACUGAAACCCCCCCCCAUCACCUGCACUCCAACCAAAACAGUGCACAGACAGGGGUCUAAACUGACCCCUGACCCCCAGACACCUUGCCCUGACCCUGACAAGGUCACACAAACACCAGAGUUGGAUCUGUUAGCGGAGCUGUACUGUACCUGCAUUUCAGGGAACCUGGUUCCAUGUGUGUUCCUGGAGCUGUUCUUUGUGCUGCAACUUUUGACGUCUCGGGGUGUGUCUGUCUCUGAAUCUGCUGAGGAGGGAGUCACUGUGUGUGAACACGGUCUAGAUGUUCUGGAGAAAGCUUACCUGGGAAAUGUCCACAACUGUGUUUAUUUGGCUGUAAGAGUUUUGGAGAAUCAGUUUGAGUUGGUGUCACACCUGGACAAGUGCACUCUACGGCUCCUAUCUGAGAAUGAGAGAGUUGGGGCUUUCUCACCUUCCCUCAGGGAUCGUCUGGCACAAGCUCAGGAGAACUGCACAGCUAAUGCACUGCCCACUCCACCCUUGUUCAUUCAUUCAGUGCCAUUCCAGCCCGCUACAGACAACCGCUCCAACUUCGGCAGUGACAGGUCCUUCCACAUUUUUAAGAAGCAAAGAGAUGUGUUCUACGAGCUGUUGAGAGAAUGGGAGGAUUCUCAUAAUGAACCUGGUUGGAAUUUCGAGGCUGCUUUAGGCAGCAGAGUCAGGACGAUGGUUAGUCAGCUCACAGCAGCAGGCGAUCAUUCUCACUUUGCUCGACUUUUCCAGAAGCAGCUCAUCCAGAUGUGUAAGGGCCCUUGCGUUCUUGGUUCUUCCAAUGACACCCCUGACGCCGAUCUUUUGAGCAUGCUGGGAGCAGACAGCUUGGGUCGCCUGAAGCGACUGCAGCAGCGUCUGGUCCAGCCACAGGGACUCAUUGGUCCCUGCCCUCCACCGUCCUUCCCUGGACACCAGGAGUUCUUUAGAGACUUCCUUCAGACUGCCGGCUGCUGUCAGCUAAACCAGCACCUGAAAGAUGGCCUGUGCCAGCGGCUGCUGAAGUUGGAUGAGGUUUCUAUUCUCGGCCCUGAUGCCAGCCCAGCGCGAGGAGAAGAGACGGGUGAUGGAGAGAUGGAGCAACAGGAUGAGAAGCAGCGUUUUUCAUCCGUGCUCCUCACGGCUCGACUGCUGGCUAAGUUUUUGGGUUUCAUCUCGUUUCUGCCUUACCACACCUCUGAGCCUCCAUCCAGAGACAUUCGGGAAGCUGCAAUCACUCUGCGCAGUAAUAGGUCUCCAGUUCUGGAUGUGUGUGCCGUGUUGAGGAGUUCUGUGCACAGGAGACGAACCAUUCUGACAGUGCCUUGGAUGGUCGAGUUCCUGUCCAUGUUAGAUUACACCGGCCCAUUUCUGCCGUGUUACAGGACUGCUCUGUGCCUGCUGCUCCACAUCUACAAGAGGAUGGUAUUGGGUCGUGGGGGAGAGCUGUGUUACGUGAACCAGAUGCUCAUGGUUGCAGUUCUGGGCUGGCUCUUUCAGAUACCCGUCUUCCCUGAAGAUCUUUUCUUCAGCACAGAUCUCAAGGAGGAAAUUAAGGAAAGGGAAGCUAACACGAGUACACAGGGCCUGGACACCCUCCCACUUGUCGACCAACAGCUUCUCUACACUUGCUGCACAUAUUUAGGAGAGUUUCGUAAGCUUCUUGCUGCUUUUGUGGCUGGAAGCACAUCCAAGAGUGGAGGCCUGAUCCGUAAGAUCACCCCCACAUCUGCGGAGCCGAGGGGACCGCCCACCACCCGCUCACAGCAGAAACUGCAGGUGGAUUUAGAACAGGCAUUUUUUCACAACCAGCCCCCUUCCCUCAGACGUACUGUAGAGUUUGUUGCUGAAAGAAUUGGCUCCAACUGUGUCAAACACAUCAAAGCCACGCUGGUUUUGAAUCUUGUGCAGGGUGGAGAAAAAACUCUAAGAGAUAGUUUCGGUUUGGAUGGUGUCAACACUGCCAAGCUAAAUGAAUCGAUCUGUGCUCAGCUUUGUGAUGCAGGCAUGCAAGCUCUGGAGAAAGCUGCUAGGUUCUGCAGUGAGUAUGCCCCUGGAGCUGUCAGAGCACUUCUUCCCCUGGAGACCUCUCCUGCUGUCAGUACUAGAGAAAAAUUUACAUUACAUUUAGUUAUUUAGCAGACGCUUUUAUCCAAAGCGACUUACAGAGAGUUCAGGGAGCAAUAAGCGAUAUGUCAUACAGGAGCAAUAAUACAAUAGGUGCUAAUACAA